AUGGGUGACAACGAGAUUGUGAAUAAUAUGUAUGAAACAGAGGCAGACCUCCUAGCAGGCGAGAGUGGAGAGGAAGAGACAGAGGACAGCAUCAUGUCUCCCAUUCCUAUUGGACCUCCAUCCCCUUUUCCCACGGGUGAGGAUUUCAAUCCCAAGGAAGGCUCACCAUAUGAAGCUCCUGUCUACAUCCCUGACGACAUUCCGAUCCCUCCCGACUUUGAACUGAGGGAGUCCUCCAUUCCAGGGGCAGGUCUGGGUAUUUGGACCAAAAAGAAGAUUGAAAUUGGGGAAAGAUUUGGGCCUUACGUUGCCUUUCCGAUAACUACGUUGAAGGAAACAAGCUUUGGAUGGGAGCAAAUGCUUACGGAUCCUGAGACAGCUUUGCAAGACAGCUGCAUUAAAAAGAUUGGUGAUGACCUGGGUACAGAUAAAUUCUGUGUUGAUGCCAGCCAUCCAGGAAAUGGAAACUGGCUGAAGUACAUCCGGGUUGCCUGCUCUAGUGAAGAACAAAACGUAGCAGUGUGUCCCAUUAAUGACCAGAUUUAUUAUAAAGUUAUUAAAGAAAUAGAGCCUGGAGAAGAGCUGCUGGUGUAUAUGAAAGAAGGCACUUAUUCUGCUGGGAACCUGCCACCCAGCUUGGAAGAAGUGCACACUUUCCGCUGUGAGGACUGUGAUGAACUUUUCCAGUCGAAGAUGGACAUGAGGCGGCACAAGAAAUACUCCUGCAAUGCCGUCAGCUCACUCUACGAGUCACUGAGCGAGGAGAUUAAGCAGGAGGGCGCUACAGAUGGACAGGUCCAUGAAUGCAAAGAUUGCGAGAGGAUGUUCCCAAACAAAUAUAGCUUGGAACAACAUAUGAUCAUCCACACCGAAGAAAGGGAAUACAAAUGUGACCAGUGUCCCAAGGCCUUCAACUGGAAAUCAAACCUGAUUCGUCACCAGAUGUCACAUGACAGUGGCAAGCGAUUUGAAUGCGAAAAUUGUGUGAAGGUAUUUACUGAUCCCAGCAACCUCCAGCGGCACAUCCGUUCACAGCACGUCGGCGCAAGGGCACAUGCCUGCCCAGACUGUGGGAAAACCUUUGCCACGUCAUCUGGUCUAAAGCAGCACAAGCACAUUCACAGCACUGUCAAACCUUUCAUAUGUGAGGUCUGCCACAAGUCCUACACGCAGUUCUCCAACCUCUGCCGACACAAGCGCAUGCAUGCCGACUGCCGGACCCAGAUCAAAUGCAAGGACUGUGGCCAGAUGUUCAGCACCACCUCCUCGCUCAACAAGCACCGGCGGUUCUGUGAGGGCAAGAACCAUUAUAACCAUGGGGGCAUUUUUGGACCAGGCUUGCCCCUGACUCCCAACUCAGUGAUGGACAAAUCCAAGUCAUCCCCCACUCUCAACCAUGCCAGCCUCGGAUUUAAUGAUUACUUCCCAUCCCGGCCGCACCCAGGAGGACUUCCAUUUUCUCCUGCUCCCCCAGCAUUCCCAGCCCUUGCUCCCGGUUUCCCUGGUAUUUUCCCUCCCUCGCUAUACCCCAGGCCCCCUUUAUUACCCCCUACACCUCUACUCAAGAAUCCCAUUAACCAUACUCAUGAUGGCAAGCUUCCAAGCCCUCUGGGCAACCCAGCCCUCCCUCUGAUUUCUACCAUGAGCAACAGCAGCCACCCCACCUCAGGGGAGGAGCGAUUUAACAGCAGCAGCCUGGGGAACUCUUACCUGGAGAAGCUCAAAACCAGGACUAGUGAUAUGUCUGAUGUGAGUGACUUUGAGGAUGUCAACACGACCACAGGCACAGAUCUGGAUACUACCACUGGGACGGGCUCUGAUCUGGAGAGUGAUGCAGAGAGCGACCGGGACAAAGUGAAAGAAAAAAGCAAGCAGGCUGAAAGCAAGCCAGAUUUCAGCAGCAGCUCGGUGUCCGCUAGUUCUGCCAACAACAUGAGUGAUCUCCCUCUUUUCUACUCCCAGCAUUCCUUCUUCCCUCCCCCAGAGGAGCAGUUGCUCCCCAUGGCAGGAGCAGCCAAUGACUCUAUAAAGGCUAUUGCCUCCAUUGCAGAGAAGUACUUUGGGCCGGGCUUCAUGGGCAUGCAGGAGAAGAAAAUGGGCUCCCUCCCUUAUCAUUCUAUGUUUCCAUUCCAGUUCCUUCCCAACUUCCCCCAUUCUUUGUACCCUUUUACAGACAGGACCAUCAACCACAGUUUGCUGGUCAAGGCUGAACCAAAGUCACCCAGGGACUUUCACAAAAUAGGUAGCACCAGCUCUGAGUCACCCUUUGACCUUACCACAAAACCAAAAGAAAUUAAGUCAGUCUUGCUGCCCCCCAAGGUCUUACCAGUGCACCUUUCCGGAGAGGAACAGCCACUAGAUUUGAGCAUCGGUAACCGCAUCCGGGCGAGUCAAAAUGGGAGCCGGGAUUCCCGGAAGAACCACAUGUAUGGAGAAAGGAAGCUCAUGGCCAGUGACAUAUUACCCAAGAUUUCUCAGGCUCAGAUGCCACCACAGCCAUCAUUGCAUUAUGCUAAGCCAUCUCCUUUUUUCAUGGACCCCAUAUACAGCAGGGUGGAAAAGCGGAAGGUGGUCGACUCAGUGGGAGCACUAAAGGAGAAAUAUCUAAGGCCUUCACCACUGCUUUUUCAUCCCCAGAUGUCGGCAAUAGAAACUAUGACAGAGAAACUGGAGAACUUUGCAGCCAUGAAGACAGAUGCUGGUGCCUCCUUGCAACCCCUUCCGCAUCAUCCCUUUAACUUCCGGUCGCCACCCCCAACGCUAUCUGACCCAAUUUUGCGCAAGGGCAAAGAACGUUAUACCUGCAGAUACUGUGGUAAGAUCUUCCCACGUUCAGCAAAUCUUACAAGACAUCUCCGGACACACACGGGAGAACAACCUUACAGGUGUAAAUAUUGUGACAGGUCAUUCAGCAUUUCAUCAAACCUCCAGCGCCACGUUCGAAAUAUCCACAACAAGGAGAAGCCAUUCAAAUGCCAUCUGUGUAAUCGGUGUUUUGGCCAACAGACCAAUCUCGACCGGCACCUGAAAAAACAUGAACAUGAGAACGUCCCAGUGAGCCAGCAUGCUGGAGUCAUCACGAACCACCUGGGGAACAAUGCUUGCUCACCAACCUCAGAAUCAGACAACCAUGCACUGUUAGAUGAGAAAGAAGAUUCUUAUUUCUCUGAAAUCCGAAACUUUAUUGCAAACAGCGAAAUGAACCAAUCAUCAACUUUAGCAGAUAAAAGGUCUGAAAUCCAGAAUGCUGAUGGCACCUCCCAGUGCCAUGAUCUUGCAAAUGACAAAGUGGAAGAUGUGGAUGAAGAAGAGGAAGAACUGGAAGAGGAAGAUGAUGACAGCCUAACAGGGAAGUCACAGGAUGAGACAGCAUCACCGACAACAGAGCCGCAAGGAGGAUAUGAGGAUGAGGAAGAUGAAGAGGCCACCUCCCUUAACAUGAAUUUUGACCGCACCCAAAGGUGUAUUGAGGAGGACGAAGCCGGCUUGUUAGAUUUGGAGCAGAUGCCGCAUUUUGGGAAGGGGCUGGAUCUACGCAAGGCAUCCGAGGAAGCUUUUGACGUUAAAGAUGUGUAUAAUUCCACCUUAGACUCUGAGGCAAUAAAACAGACUCUGUACAGGCAGGCUAAAAAUCAGGCUUAUGCAAUGAUGUUGUCCCUUUCUGAGAACACUCCCCUCCAUCCUUCUUCCCAGAACUCUCUGGAUGCUUGGUUGAACAUGGCAGGAGCUGCUCCCGAACCAGGAGGCUUCAGCUCCAUUGGUCAUCUCUGA